AUGGAAAUCCUCCCACUACUCAGGGUUAUCCUCCAUCGACUCAGGGUUAUCCUCCCACUACUCAAGGUUAUCCUCCAUCGACUCAGGGUUAUCCUCCUCCAGCCUAUAUGCCUCCAGGAUAUACGCCUCCAGGAAGUCAGCCUCCAGCGCCAAUUCCUCCUGCCUAUCCGCCCAGACCAGCGCCUGUUCCUAUGCCGAGUAUACACAUUAUUCCACUUUAAAGUAGGCAAUCCUACUCCCGUUCCUCCUCCCUAUCCUGUAAAUCCAUCUCCUGCCCCUGGAUACCCAGUCAAUCAACCUAUUAUAUGUAAGAAAUGUAAGCGCUAUGUUACUCUUCCUCCAGGUGUAAGAAAGGGAUUUUGCUCUUGUGGCGCUAAAGUGAAAGUGAAGGGAAUGAAGAAAGCAAAGAAGCCAAAGCACGGACCCCAUAAGAUUAAGUCGAACAUUUUGGGUAAAGUGUUUACUUCCUCCUCCUCCUCUUCGUCUUCUUCCUCUUCCUCCUCCUCUUCCGAUUAA